AAAGAACUGACUGCUCGACAAACAUCAUGAAAUAAUGUUUAGGGAUUAGAAACUUCACUCUCUUGCAACAAAGAUGGCUGGGACUCUGACUUUUCUUCUCGUUUGUUCUCUGCUGCAGGAUUCCUCCAAAGAUGUACAAAUUUCUGUCAGUCCUUCUGCUCCAAUAUCGGAAAACCAAAAAGUGACUCUGACCUGCAGCAGUAAUGCCCAACCAGCAGUAGAAAACUACACCUGGUGCAGAGCUGAUGGGGGGGCUCUCAUUGGGACUGGACACACUUUAAAUAUUACAGUUUCAACAAUCAACAGUAAUUUCUUCUGCAACGCUACAAAUACAGUUGGAUUUAAAGCAUCCAUCAACUUCCAAAUAGUCGUCCGGUAUUCACCUAAAAACAUCACAGUUUCAGUCAGUCCCUCUGGUCCAGUACCAGAGAACAGCAAUGUGACUCUGACCUGCAGCAGUAAUGCCAACCCAGCAGUGAGGAACUACACCUGGUACAGAGCUGAUGGAGACCAGGAGACUUUUAUUGGGACUGGAAGCUCUUUUAAUGUUACUGUUUCAAAAGUCAAAAGUACAUUUUUCUGCAAGGCUACAAAUGCACUUGGAUGUGAACGAUCAAGAAACCUACAAAUAGAUGUUCAAUAUUCACCUAAAAACGUCACAGUUUCAGUCAGUCCCUCUGGUCCAGUACCAGAGAACAGCAAUGUGACUCUGACCUGCAGCAGUAAUGCCAACCCAGCAGUAGAAAACUACACCUGGUACAGAGCUGAUGGAGACCAGGAGGCUCCCAUUGGGACUGGAAGCUCUUUUAAUGUUGCUGUUUCAAAAGUCAAAAGUUCAUUUUUCUGCAAGGCUACAAAUGCACUUGGAUGUGAACGAUCAAGAAACCUACAAAUAGAUGUUCAAUAUUCCUCCAAAGAUGUACAAAUUUCUGUCAGUCCUUCUGCUCCAAUAUCGGAAAACCAAAAAGUGACUCUGACCUGCAGCAGUAAUGCCCAACCAGCAGUAGAAAACUACACCUGGUGCAGAGCUGAUGGGGGGGCUCUCAUUGGGACUGGACACACUUUAAAUAUUACAGUUUCAACAAUCAACAGUAAUUUCUUCUGCAACGCUACAAAUACAGUUGGAUUUAAAGCAUCCAUCAACUUCCAAAUAGUCGUCCGGUAUUCACCUAAAAACAUCACAGUUUCAGUCAGUCCCUCUGGUCCAGUACCAGAGAACAGCAAUGUGACUCUGACCUGCAGCAGUAAUGCCAACCCAGCAGUGAGGAACUACACCUGGUACAGAGCUGAUGGAGACCAGGAGGCUCUCAUUGGGACUGGACACACUUUAAAUAUUACAGUUUCAACAAUCAAUAAUAAUUUCUUCUGCAAGGCUACAAAUACAGUUGGAUUUAAAGCAUCCAUCAACCUCCAAAUAGACAUCCAGUAUUCACCUAAAAACGUCACAGUUUCAGUCAGUCCCUCUGGUCCAGUACCAGAGAACAGCAAUGUGACUCUGACCUGCAGCAGUAAUGCCAACCCAGCAGUGAGGAACUACACCUGGUACAGAGCUGAUGGAGACCAGGAGACCUUUAUUGGGACUGGAAGCUCUUUUAAUGUUACUGUUUCAAAAGUCAAAAGUUCAUUUUUCUGCAAGGCUACAAAUGCACUUGGAUGUGAACGAUCAAGCAACCUACAAAUAGAUGUUCAAUAUUCACCUAAAAACAUCACAGUUUCAGUCAGUCCCUCUGGUCCAGUACCAGAGAACAGCAACAUGACUCUGACCUGCAGCAGUAAUGCCAACCCAGCAGUGAGGAACUACACCUGGUACAGAGCUGAUGGAGACCAGGAGACCUUUAUUGGGACUGGAAGCUCUUUUAAUGUUACUGUUUCAAAAGUCAAAAGUUCAUUUUUCUGCAAGGCUACAAAUGCACUUGGAUGUGAACGAUCAAGAAACCUACAAAUAGAUGUUCAAUAUUCACCUAAAAAUGUCACAGUUUCAGUCAGUCCCUCUGGUCCAGUACCAGAGAACAGCAAUGUGACUCUGACCUGCAGCAGUAAUGCCAACCCAGCAGUGAGGAACUACACCUGGUACAGAGCUGAUGGAGACCAGGAGGCUCCCAUUGGGACUAGAAGCUCUUUUAAUGUUACUGUUUCAAAAGUCAAAAGUUCAUUUUUCUGCAAGGCUACAAAUGCACUUGGAUGUGAACGAUCAAGCAACCUACAAAUAGAUGUUCAAUAUUCACCUAAAAACAUCACAGUUUCAGUCAGUCCCUCUGGUCCAGUACCAGAGAACAGCAAUGUGACUCUGACCUGCAGCAGUAAUGCCAACCCAGCAGUGAGGAACUACACCUGGUACAGAGCUGAUGGAGACCAGGAGGCUCUCAUUGGGACUGGACACACUUUAAAUAUUACAGUUUCAACAAUCAAUAAUAAUUUCUUCUGCAAGGCUACAAAUACAGUUGGAUUUAAAGCAUCCAUCAACCUCCAAAUAGACAUCCAGUAUUCACCUAAAAACGUCACAGUUUCAGUCAGUCCCUCUGGUCCAGUACCAGAGAACAGCAAUGUGACUCUGACCUGCAGCAGUAAUGCCAACCCAGCAGUGAGGAACUACACCUGGUACAGAGCUGAUGGAGACCAGGAGACCUUUAUUGGGACUGGAAGCUCUUUUAAUGUUACUGUUUCAAAAGUCAAAAGUUCAUUUUUCUGCAAGGCUACAAAUGCACUUGGAUGUGAACGAUCAAGAAACCUACAAAUAGAUGUUCAAUAUUCACCUAAAAACGUCACAGUUUCAGUCAGUCCCUCUGGUCCAGUACCAGAGAACAGCAAUGUGAGUCUGACCUGCAGCAGUAAUGCCAACCCAGCAGUGAGGAACUACACCUGGUACAGAGCUGAUGGAGACCAGGAGACCUUUAUUGGGACUGGAAGCUCUUUUAAUGUUACUGUUUCAAAAGUCAAAAGUUCAUUUUUCUGCAAGGCUACAAAUGCACUUGGAUGUGAACGAUCAAGAAACCUACAAAUAGAUGUUCAAUAUUCACCUAAAAAUGUCACAGUUUCAGUCAGUCCCUCUGGUCCAGUACCAGAGAACAGCAAUGUGAGUCUGACCUGCAGCAGUAAUGCCAACCCAGCAGUGAGGAACUACACCUGGUACAGAGCUGAUGGAGACCAGGAGGCUCCCAUUGGGACUAGAAGCUCUUUUAAUGUUACUGUUUCAAAAGUCAAAAGUUCAUUUUUCUGCAAGGCUACAAAUGCACUUGGAUGUGAACGAUCAAGCAACCUACAAAUAGAUGUUCAAUAUUCACCUAAAAACAUCACAGUUUCAGUCAGUCCCUCUGGUCCAGUACCAGAGAACAGCAACAUGACUCUGACCUGCAGCAGUGAUGCCAACCCAGCAGUGAGGAACUACACCUGGUACAGAGCUGAUGGAAACCAGGAGACCUUUAUUGGGACUGGAAUGAGUUCAUCUAUUAAAGUCUCCAGAGACACACGGGCUUUGUUUUGCAAAGCUGAAAAUGAAAUUGGAGUUGGACGCUCCAGAAACAUGCAAAUUGAAGUUCAGUAUCCUCCACAGAUCCUGCUCUCAUCACACUGCAGCUCAACACAAAGUCAGCUCAACUGUUCCUGUGAGACUCUGGGAAACCCAUCCCCCACUAUACAGUGGUAUUUGAAUGAACUACCUGUCAAUCACUCUAAAUGUGAAAUAUUCAAUCAGACUCUGAACAGGACAAUUCUGAGGAGCUUCUUCACUCUGAAUCAGCCUCAUAAGAAGGAUCGUCUCACCCUGCUUUGCCGCAGCUUCAACUCUCUGGGCUCAGCCAGUCAACAAUUUUGUGUCAGCAGCCAACAGAUUUCCACAGAACAUCGACUUCUGUAUCCAGCGAUAAUAUCCACUCUUGCAGUGCUGCUGUUAGCACUGCUACUAUAUGUGUUUUUUAUCAGGGCUCAAAAGAAUCCUUGUAAAAAUAAAGGUCACUUAACAGAUGAAAACAACACAGUUGCAAUGAGUCAGCCUCUAACUGAAGAAGGAAAUGAGGAACCAAACACAACAGAAGAGUGCAUUUAUGCAAACGCUGAUGGACUGAGAGGGGCAGAAAAUCUUCACCCUGCAAACAUCGCUGGACCAAGCAGCACUGACUUGCCAAGCUCUGGGCCAAAAAAUGCAGAAGGAGGAUACGAAAAAUCAGACAAGAAAGGGGACGAGAACGAACUGAUUUACUCUAAUGUGAACUGGAAGAAGAAGAGCAAGAAAAAGAAGGGUGAAAAAUCUUUGGACAUGAAUCCACCUGGCAGAUCUUAUUUGAAAGAGAAGUGCAUGGUGAGGGGAGUUAACAGAAAGUUUGUGAGCAAUGCAGUAGAAAUGGGAGGCCUGUAUGCUCAAGUGGAGCCUAGAAAUAUGAGGAAGGAAGUGGGGUGUGAAUAUGUACAAGUCAAAUUUAAAGAACAAAGCGCUAUGCAAAAAUAGAUAUAUAGUGCUGUGAAAAAAUAUUUAUCCCUGAUUUCCUGAUGUUUUGCUUUUUGCAUAUUGGUCACACUUAGGAGUUUCAGAACAUUAAACUAAUCUUGAUAUUAGAAAAAAUAACCCAAGUAAAUUCAAAACACUUUUUAUAAAAAGUCCAAAUCUUUAAAAAUUUUUGAUUAUCUGAAACAUGUGACAAAUAUGGUAGGAAAUAAGAAAUCAGAAAGCAGACAAAUACUUUUCAUGGCAUAAUGCAACCUUUUGCAUCCUCGAGCUUACUACAAAAUAAAUAAGUAGCUGGUCUCUUGUCUGGGUGUGUCCUUGACACAUUUAGUCACACUGUGGCAAAGACAUUGAGCAAUGCAAUUAUAUUCCCUUUGUUCAGGUCAUGGGCUUGUUUAGCACAGUAUCUCAGAUACUCCCUGAAAUAGUCAAAGACUGGGUCGCUACCAAGUGGCUACAACUGGUCCAAGGAAACCUGUUAGAGAAGCUGGGAGAAGCUCUGGACAUGCAGUUUGCAUGCUUGAAAUUUGCUGGUAAUUCAUUUUAGUCUGAUUAGCCUGCAACAAACACAUGGCUCUGAGCAUGACCCAGUUAUAGUCUGGCUUCAUCUGGGAUGUGAUAUAGCCUUCCUAUGAUUGAAUGCUCCAAAUUCCAAGUAAUUAAAUGCCAAAUUACUUUUGCUAUAAAUAGUCUAUGCUCGAACCAUUUCCAGCCUUCAUCAAAGAAUAGGUGGUAAAUUUGUAGAACAUGAUAAAAAUC